UUAUGGUGAUAAGCUCCACGGGCGUUAAUACGAGAUUUGAUACGGAUUUUUUAAAAUCUCGGAUUAAAUUUAGUACCUCGCCCCGUAAGCACCAAAAUCGGUAGGAACGUAUUAGCACGCAGCCACAUAAAAUUGUGUGCGUGUAAGAAAACGAAUGCAAAAAGAAUGCAGCGAAACAUUAUUCCAACCGAAGUUUUGUUUUUGUUCUCUGUUCGUAAAUAUACGUUUCGUGAACGCACCCGCAGUUUCCAUUCUUUGCCAUUCCCGUUACAUUUCGCGCAAGUAGUGUAGUAAAUAGUUAAGUUUGGUGCUGGAAGCUGGUAAGCACGAGAAAAGAAGCCACCCUCGCAAGGUCAACGAAUGAUCCGGCGUCAGCAAGAGGGCCUUUCCGGCCUGAUUCCUAGCCACACAUCACAACACCGACGAAAAACCUGCGUGUUGAGACAUCGCUUUUGCUUCCGAAGGCCAAGAUCCCAGUCAGCGUCUGCAUAGUAAAACAACUGAUCCUGUCUUCAUUUGGGAAGAGCUGCACGGUGCAUGUGAUGACAACUGUAAACGCCCGCCAUGGGUCCGGUAUUAACCGGUUGGAUUCCCACAAGGCAGCUCGAGCCUGACGGAAAGUUUCGAUCGAGUUUGUCACGAUGUUACCAAAGAAGGUUUUCCAUCUGAUUCGGCCAGAAGCAACACAUAAAUCGUGUUUAUUCCGACGGUUUUCCGAUAGUAGCAUGAGUCCAAUCCUUCUAUCGUUGUCCCGCGCGGUGACUACGCAAUGGACGACGGCAUCGUUUUCCACCUUGUUUAUGGCGCUGAAGGAAUCCCGUCAGCAGAAGGAAGCCCCCAUCGUCGAUACCAAGCUGGUUAUUGCCGACGAGGUAGAGCGCCGCGAGCGGGAGAAGCAGGCAGGCACCAUUGCCGUUCCUACCAAGGACGAUCUGAGUACGAUUUCCGGCAUCCCGGAGGAGCACGUUAAGGAACGUCGCGUGCACAUCUUCCUGCCAGCCAAAAAUGGCAUGCAAAGCGGAACGGACAAUCUGGACCACUGGAGCAUUGAGUUUGACAACCGCGAGCGCUGGGAGAACCCCCUAAUGGGGUGGUCGUCGACUGGUGAUCCACGGUCGAACAUCAGUUCGUAAUUCGGAUCGGAGGCCAACCAUUGCGAACGGAACGGAUGGAGAUGGUUUGUCGGUAAUCCUGAAGUGUUAAAGAAGCAUCGCGUCAAGAACUACGCUGUCAACUUUGCAUGGAACAAGCGUAUCCGUGUGUCAACCAAGUAAGUUCCUCACCUUGUAGAAGUUAGAUGCUGGGCUAUUUCGACGUCGUACGUUAGUUUGUUGUGUGUAUAAAUAACGGAUCGGAACAGCUGUGCGGAAUUGAAAUUGAAAUCUAAGAUAUGGUUGUCAUUCCUUCGUGUAUAGUACUACGUUCGAUUGUAGGAAUCAAAUAUUGUAACUUUGUGGAUUAAUCUCACCAUUGCCAAUUAUUUAUCAAGUUAUCAUUCAGUGUAAAUCGACAAUGCUACAUAUGUGUAUAUAGGAAGGUAGUAAAUUAUAUAUGGCUUUCUUUGUUAAUAAUCUCAUA